GAAGUUCCACUCAUCUGAGUAUUUUCUUCUCGGCUGUCUCUUCCAUCUCACCUUCAGCAACUCCAGUACUAGCACUGAUAGAAAUGGCACUUGCCUUCUCGCCCAUCAUCUAUUGGAUGUGAGAAUUUAUGCUGCUCGCCUAUAUAUAGGUACACAUGGCCACAGUUUCAAUGUGCUAUAGGAUGUGCUAUAAAGAUCACUCUCUUUUAAAUCCAAAAGAACUUAGAGAGAAUGUCAAGCACUCCCAGUUUGGCUUUAUUGCAAUCCAGGAGAAUUUUGGUUGUCUCUCUUUAGUUUCUAGUGGAUCAUGCAGACCAGUUGUGAAUAAUUCAACUGGUACUCUAUCAAAUUUUAGUACAAGAAAAAAUGCAAGAGUUUCUCAAGGAAUAAUUUUCAGUAGAGGGCUUUUCACUUUCAAAACCAUGACUAAACCAUUUGUCCAACAUAACAUGCACAUGGUGCUGGGCCAUCUACGAUUCUGCUCCAGUAAAGCUCUACAACAACAAAAAUCACCCAUCCUCUGUCAUGCAUUUAAGUCUAGUUUGAAUCAGAAACAAUUAGAGUCACUGGAUGCUUAUUUUGGAAAACUCAAGCAAGAUGCUAAUCGACCUUCUCCAGCUUCUUUCAAUAAGAAGGAAGAGAUUAUUGAACAAAGUGGUUCAUUCAAAGCCAAAGAGGUGCUAGGAUCACUGGAAGGUUAUUUUGGCAAGGUUGAUAAAGACGCAAAGUCAAAAAACUACCUGCCACCAGCUUCUCAUGGCGAAACUCCUGAAGCAGCAUCUCCACAUUCUGUCAGGGAGGAUUCUAGAAGAGCUGGAUGGAAGAAACUGAAGAGAUACAUGAACUUCCAAAAAAGGGAUAGUGAGGGUGGUCAAAAGAGUUCGUGCAAUGAAAUAUCCGAUAUGUACUUGAUAAGCAUGUUGGUUUCUAUAAACAUUGCAGUUUUCCUGUUUGAAAUAGCAAGUCCUAUCCGGCACUCUGACGUGGAGCUCUUUUCACUCCCUUCACUGUAUGGAGCAAAGAUAAAUCACUUGAUUCUACUUGGAGAAUGGUGGAGGCUAGUUACGCCAAUGUUUCUGCACUCAGGAAUCCUUCACAUAGCUUUUGGUUGUUGGGUGCUUCUCACUUUUGGUCCUCGAGUUUGCAGAGCGUAUGGAUCCUUCACAUUUCUAUUGAUAUACAUCCUUGGAGGAAUUUCUGGUAACUUGACAAGCUAUCUUCAAACACCAGAGCCAACUGUAGGUGGGACGGGACCAGUAUUUGCUCUAAUUGGAGCUUGGCUAAUUUAUCAAAUUCAGAACAAGAAUGUCAUUGCGAGGGAUAAUUCUGAAGACAUGUUUCAGAAAGCUGUAAUUGCUACUGCCUGCAGCUUCGUUUUGGGCAAUUUUGGUCCAAUUGAUGACUGGACACAUUUUGGAGCACUUUUUACUGGUAUGAUUUAUGGCUUUCUCGCAUGCCCAAUUCUGCAAAUGGGUGACAGAUCUUCAGAAAGUGGUCAAGAUGAAAGAAUUACUCUCUUUGGACAGUAUGCCGAUCCUUGCAAAUCAGUUAUGAUAUUCUCCAUCUGUGUUCUAGUUUUAAGCUCCUUGCUAUUCAUCAUUGAACCUCCCCUCAACUCACUGCCAGUGGGCAGCCUCUUAUAGCUAUAUUAGUGUUCUUAGUAAGCUCUGUGUGUGUGUGUGUGUGUGUGUGUGUGUACGUGAGAGCUGUAUGUAUGUGUUGACAAUCUGUUGGAGAUAAAUGGAAAUAUAUAUGUAUAUGUAUAUAUAUAUAUAUUUGUAGCAGUAACAGUGCUGCUGGGAUAAAGUUUUUUUGAUGGGUGGUUCGAAAGGGUAGAUGGAAGCCCCUUUUACAAAAUUAUUGCAGAAUUUUGUGUGGAAAGAAACAGUGAGACUUUAGUGCAAUUUUGUUUUGGGAGACAAGGUGUAAUUGCUGUUGCAGUGUGGUACCAUUCAACUGGAUGAGAUGGUUUUUUCUGGCGUUUUAUUCAUUUGUGAGUCGGGAUGUUUGUUUCGGAUGGUAUUUUCUAUUAUAUUUUUUGAUGUAAUGAAACACUUGUGUUAAGUUGAGCCCUCCACCAGAAACUGCGUACACCCGGCCAACCCAGCGCCCUGCAGCUUUCCCAUCACCUCUCUCUCUCUCUCUCUCUCUCUCUCUCUCUCCACACGCACACACAUCUAUUUAUAUAUGUAUCAUACUCAAAACGGAAGCUAGAAGAUAAUUGGAAUUUAAGGCAGAUAUUAGCUAGGGAGGUUGAGGUUGUGGGAGAAGAAAUUGAUGGCGAUUGGAAGGAGAGCUAGAAGCCUGAUGGGGCCUAUCUUAACAGCCAACUUCGUUGGAUAUCUAAUCUUACUUGGACUCGCCGGAUGGUCUCUCGACAAAUUCAUCGACGGUGAACAGAAUCACCCUCGUCAGUCCCACCCUCCCUUCGCCUCCCCCCUCCUCCCUCCCUCUCUCUAUGUUUGUGUUUGAACAUUAACGCUUCAACAUUUUGAGUAUUAAUUGGUGCUCUUCUUUUUGUCUCUAA